UUGUGGCUGUCCCCAUCACCUGGAACCUCCUCCAUCCCGCUCUGUCUCCUUUCUGCUUCUCACCCUCGGACCCUCGUCUUGCGGCCGCACUCGGACCCCCACCUUUAGCAGUCACCAUGGCACCCACCCUGCCGCUUUUCCUGCUGUUUCUCGGCCUUGUGGGAACUCAGGCCACCAUAGACAAUCGUAUGGCCGCCGCUAUGGCGGCAGGUUUGUGCAAAACUCGCCCCACGGACCUCGUCUUCAUCGUUGACAGCAGUCGCAGCGUUCGCCCGUCAGAGUUUGAACAAGUAAAGGUUUUCCUGGCAAAAGUCAUCGAGGGCCUGGACGUCGGACCCAACGCCACCCGUGUCGGAGUUGUCAACUAUGCGAGCCGCGUCAAGAACGAGGUGUCCCUGAAGACUCACCGCACCAAAGCUGGGCUGGUCAAAGCCGUGACUAAAAUCGAGCCUCUGUCCACUGGAACCAUGACCGGUCUGGCGAUCCAGUUCUCCCUGAACGUGGCCUUCAGCGAGGCGGAGGGCGCUCGGGCCAAAUCUCCUGACAUCAGCAAGGUUGCUAUUAUUGUGACAGAUGGGCGUCCACAGGACAACGUGAAGGACGUGGCCCAGCGUGCACGAGACGCCGGCAUUGAGAUUUUUGCCAUUGGUGUGGGACGUGUGGACAUGACCACUCUCAGGCAGAUGGCCAGCGAUCCUCUGGACGACCAUGUGGACUACGUGGAGAGCUACAGCGUCAUAGAGAAGCUCACCAAGAAGUUUCAGGAGGCCUUCUGUGUGUCGGACCUGUGUGCCACUGGAGAUCACGACUGCGAGCAGGUAUGCAUCAGCACCCCGGGAUCAUACAAGUGUGCCUGCAAAGAAGGCUUUACCCUAUCGGACGAUGGUCGUAGCUGCACUGCUGCUUGCAGCAAUGCAGCGUUAGACGUGGUGUUCGUGAUCGACGGCUCCAAGAGCAUUCGGCCCGAGAACUUCGAGCUGGUCAAGAAGUGGAUCAACCAGAUCGUCGACAAAAUGGACGUCUCCGAGAGCAAGACUCACGUUGGACUCGUGCAGUACUCCAGCACUGUCAAAACGGAGUUUCCCCUGGGCCGACACAACAACAAGAAGGAUGUGAAGGACGCUGUGAAAAGCAUGGACUACAUGGAGAAGGGAACCAUGACGGGCCACGCUCUGAGUCACAUGACAGAGAACAGCUUCAGCCUCUCUCACGGCGCCCGGCCCGGAGUCCAAAAGAUCGGCAUUGUCUUCACUGAUGGACGCAGCCAGGAUUAUAUCGGAGACGCUGCUAAGAAGGCAAAGGAGCUUGGCGUGAAGAUGUACGCUGUUGGAGUGGGGAGCGCAGUGGAGAGCGAGCUGAAGACGAUCGCCUCCGAGCCGACAGCAGAGCACUACUUCUACACGGCCGACUUCAAGACCAUGAACCAGAUCGCCAAGAAGCUGCAGAUUAACGUCUGCGAGGACCCCUGUGAAUGUGACUCCCUCGUAAAGUUCCAAAAGAAAGUGGAAGCCGCCCUGCAGGCACUAAACAAAAAAUUAGAGAGUAUGUCAAAGAGGAUCGCCUUGCUGGAGAAAAAGAUUGUUUGAAGACUCACUUCCUCCUCUCCCCUUCAAAUCUGCACCCGCUCACACACACAAGCACACACUCUGCACGGUUCUU